UUUGAACGAAUAUAAUGUGCGAUUGGACGUAUAUAUUUAUACGUAUGAUAAAUUUUACAAUUUUUAAUUCGCUUUAAAAUUAACAACAGUGUGAACAACCUUUUAUAAGAUAAUAGUGUGUACGUUUCGUUUAAUAAUGUCAACAUACAAGAAUGUUAGUAUUCCGAAUGAAGAGCAAGGAAUUGACGAGUUUUUGUUUCAAGCUGGGACAUCUUUGAAGGCUUUAAAUAGUAUUGCAAAACGACCACCUGUUAAUGUCUUGUUUAGAGACAUUGAAUAUAACGUCAGUUCAUUUCGAGAAAAACGUCAAAUAUUGCGCAGUAUUUCGGGGGAAUUUCGCUCUGGGGAGUUAACAUGUAUCCUGGGCCCUUCAGGAGCUGGCAAGUCCUCACUUCUUCACAUCCUAACAGGCUAUAACCAAAAUGGUGUCAAAGGAUUAAUACAAAUUAAUGGCGAAGAUCGUGAUAUGAGAAUAUUUAAGAAACUAAGUUGUUACAUCAUGCAUGAUGAUAUUCUACAACCAAGGCUCACUACUUUAGAGGCAAUGCGAAUUGCAGCGGAACUGAAAUUAGGAGCAGAAAUAAAAAAAGCUAACAAAAAAAUAAUUGUAACGGAGAUAUUACAAACAUUGGGACUAUGGAGGCAAAGGCACACGAUGUGUGAGCGACUAUCCGGUGGCCAAGCAAAACGUCUAGCUAUUGCUUUAGAGUUAGUUAACAAUCCUCCAGUCAUUUUCCUGGAUGAACCAACUUCAGGAUUGGAUGUGGUGUCCGUGAGACAGCUGUUACUUUUACUGCGUCUGCUGUCUCGUCAAGGUCGUACUAUUAUUUGCACAAUUCAUCAACCCUCAGCAUCAUUAUUUAAUAUUUUUGACAAUGCUUACGUGAUAUGUGGAGGGCAAUGUUGUUAUCAGGGUGCUCCUUCUCAGUUAGUGCCGUUUUUAACAGAGGCUCAAUUUAUUUGCCCACAAUCGCACAAUCCUGCCGAUUUUGUGAUUGAAACUUUGGCUGCAGAAAUAACAUCAAGAAAUCAAAUGUCAGAUUUAUGUCAAAAUGGGAAAAUAAGCAGAUGGUCUAAGGACAUGUCGGUUCAAUUAAGUACUUUAGAAGAAUCUGGAAACAACAAAUGUAUGGAAGAAGUAAACAAAGAUAAAUUCUUGAAUUUGGAAUAUCCAACAUCAUUUUGCACACAAUUUUUAAUUUUAAUAAAAAGGGUUUAUUUACAGAGUAAACGUAAGCAGCUAAAUUGGUUUAUACAAUUAAUGCAAUAUAUAAUAUGCGGUUUUUUCAUUGGCGGCAUAUUUUAUAUGGUUGGAAAUGAAGGCAGUACACCAAUGGCUAACUUCAAAUGUUAUAUCUGCAUGCUUGUGUUUGUAAUAUACACUUAUACUAUGGUUCCUAUUUUACUCUUACCAAUGGAAAUAAGAAUAAUUCGACGCGAGUACUUCAACAGAUGGUAUGGACUUAAGGCAUAUUACGCCGCUCUAACGUUCUCUACAAUUCCACCAGCGAUAUUUUUUGGAAUGAUUUUCAUAACAAUGACAUAUUUCAUGUCAGGUCAACUUUUCGAAUGGCAUCGAUUCAUUUUAUUUUCAAUAGUGGGACUCUUAACUGGUUUCUGCUCCGAAGGUCUCGGUUUACUUAUUGGAACAAUAUUUAAUAGCACAAAUGGUGCUAUAUUAGGACCAUCUAUAAUAUCACCACUGUUAGUGUUGUGCUGCUAUGGCAUGGGUUUCGGUAGACAAAUAGAGUCAGGAAUGAGGUUUCUGAUGUCCUUGUCGUAUUUGCGAUAUGGUCUUACUGGAAUGACUCUACCAAUGUACCAGAAUCGUACUAGAAUGCAUUGCUCCGAAGAUAUAUGUGUAUACGGAGAUCCGACAUACGUACUCCAAGAACUCGGUAUGGAAGGAGAUACUUAUAUUAUUCAAAUUCUUGGUUUAUCUGUAUUUGUUGUACUGUUUAGGGCAAUAGCUUUUUUCACGUUACGACAUCGUCUAGCAAAUGAAUAUUCAAACAGUAUUAUUUAACAUUUAAUUUUGUAAACUAUGAAAUGAUUUUUAAGUUAAGAUUUAAUUUAUAAUUUAAUUUAAAAAUAUAAGGGUUUGAAUUAAUGUUUUUGAUUAGUAAAGUAAACAGUGAUACCAUAUUUUAAGAUAAGGAAAAAAGGAAAAUUAUGUAGCGAAUGUAUUAUAUUAGGCAAACUUGUAUGACAAAAUGGGUAUUUCAAGUUACCAAUAAAAACUAUAAUAAGAAAAGUCCUCGUAUUAAUAAGUGAAAGAGUAAUUUCUUUCUACCACUAUGUUAGUUACCGGUGUUAAUAUUUUGAAGUUAUUUGAGAUAAAUAAAUUAGCAGAUCCAUAAAAGUUUGUUAUAACACAAACAGGAAGGGAACUAAAAGCUCGCUUUGAAAACUUAAAAUUUGCAAAGGGUAAGAUUUAGUAAGCCAGCAAGUGGCAGUUAAUUAAACUCACCAAAUUAAACCGAACCGAGCCUGUCAAACUUUGCUAUGUUUUGGGCACUAAGUUUUCAGUUGUCAAGAGCUUUGGUUAAACAUAGGCCAAAACACUAAAUUAAAACUAUAUUUUUUUUAUCCUUUAUUAAAGUUGAUUUAAUUCUUAAUA